AUGGAGGGCAAGUUUGAGCAGACGUUCACCAACAUUUUCGUGAUGUUCAAAAAGUACGUGUCCCUCUUGGAGGAUCAGGCCAACAAGAGAAUCAAGGGAGGAGGCCUAGAGCUUGAGGUGGUGGAGAAGUUGGAUAGGGUGUUGGUCGAACUGGGCAGGUUGGCCAAGAUGGAGAGGGCGGUCUGGGACGAAAUGUUGUCGACGGAGCUCAUGGCGAGGUGCAAUGUUGGUAGACCGAACAAGGGGGGGAGACCGGCGGCGGUGACGGGUGCCCCGGACAAAGUGUGGGGGAGCAUUUCGGUGAAGACUCAACGCAAAUGCAUGCACCCCGGAUGCAAGAGUAAGACAUCGAAAGGAUGUGCCUGCGCGGAGCUUUGUGUUGGCAAACAGGCAGGGGACCGNCUGAUGUCGACGGAGCUCAUGGCCAGGUGCAAUGUUGGAAGACCGAACAAGGGGGGGAGACCGGCGGCGGUGACGGGUGCCCCGGACAAAGUGUGGGGGAGCAUUUCGGUGAAGACUCAACGCAAAUGCAUGCACCCCGGAUGCAAGAGUAAGACAUCGAAAGGAUGUGCCUGCGCGGAGCUUUGUGUUGGCAAACAGGCAGGGGACCGGGGUGUUUUGAUGUGUCAGGCAUGCUUCAAAAACCCUGUGAGGCACGCUAGGGCUGGAGAUGCUCAACGGAACCCCCAGAAGUACGGGGUGGUGGGACGCAAGGACCUCGUCUGGUGGUCGUGAGCGCAUAUUUUUUUGGCCUAAUGUUUUACGUUGAAUGUGACAUGUGUUCCUGGCGGAGGAGACGCCGAUGUGUUUCGAGGGUGCUCCGUUGUGAUUUGCCUGGGGGUCAAACUGAUCUUACAAGUGCAUAGUAGUGUCGUUCAUCAACCAUCUUCCCUUCCGCGAGGGAGUUGUUGUGCCUUUAUCGUCCACUUGUGUUUUCUUGAAAACAACCGUGGACGAGUGAUAGUUUUUGUGCCUUCGUCGUUUACCUGUGUUGCUGAUAACAGCAGUGGUAUAGCUUUUUUCAAUUUUAUUUGAUCUUGUCUCCGAUUUUCUAUAAGUUCAGAAAAAGGCGUAUUAUUUUUCUCCGGCUCGAACGCAGCAUUCAUACAAAUACGCUCAGAAACAAUAGCUUUUUCGACUGCGAGUCUUAAAUUCAGGUAAUCUUUUUGAUAAAUUUUUCCCACUGAAAUAAGCUCACAUCAUACACCCUCAAAUAUCACGACAGGACGACAUCCGAAAUGGCCGCUGGCACGGGUUCAUCCCCCGGCCACACCGCGCGGCACGCCUGCGUGAAGCAGUCACUCCUCGUGAUCUGCAUGCCACGACCCCUUGCAUUCAUCUGAAUGCUCGUGUCGAACG